AGUUGUUGUGAAAAAAAACAAACAGAAAGAUGGAAGCACUAUGGACGAUGUGGAAAUAAACUGAAUGCUUGUCGUUAUUGAAGCUGCACUAUAUCGUUAAAGCGUUUGUUAAGUCAAGUCCUGAAAGGCACAGGAAGCAGCAGAAAACCUGUUAUUAAAUGCCUUAACGUCUGUUAUUGAUUUCUUGGCAAAAUGAAGCCACCCAAGCUGUUCAAAUUGCAGAUCCACUCCCGCAGCACGGCAUCGCGGCAUGGACACGCUGAUGAGCACAAGGAACUGGAGGAUUUGUACUUGAAUCCCAGGGAUCAUCCAGACCUGAAGACAGGUGAUAUUGUGGAGAUUUACGAUCAAGAGGACUCAUUCAGUCGGUUACUGCUGCAAGUCAAACAACGAAGUCUGAAAGACGAUGCUCCACACAAUGGAGUAUCUGUCGAAGAGUCAAUUGCGAAGACGUUCCAGCUGCGGGCGUACCGUGAUGUUGUUGUUAAUUCCGUUGCUUUCAAAGAUGUCGAGCUGGACCUGCUGGAGCUCACUGUUAAGGACCAGUAUUUUAGUCGGAGCGAUAUGUGGCGAUACAGGAACGCUCUUGUUGGAUCCUGUGUACAGUUGUUUAGAAAAAUUGAACACGGUUUCGGACGCACCACCGUUCAUGAGAUGUGGGUUAAAGGCACACGGGUGGCAUCGGGAACGAUCGGUGAAAAUACCCGAAUCGUGUACCGUUCGCUGACAGCCAACGUUUUUAUCUUCAUCCAGCUGAGCGUUGAAAUGUGGGAAUUUGAUUUUUAUGGUGAUCUGUAUUUUGAGAAAUCAGUGAAAGGAUUCCUCACAGACUUGCUCGACCGGUGGAGAGACCAGAAUGCCAACCAUGAUGUGACGAUUGUCUUAUUUUCUCGGACAUUCUAUGAAGCAACCACUUUGGACGAUUUCCCUUGCGCUAUGAGAGAAGGGUUACUGCGCGAUUACAAAGGGCGAUUUUACGAAGAUUUUUACCGAAUUGUGGUCCAAAACGAAAAAUACGACGAUUGGCGGUUUGUCCUGGUUAAGCUGAAAACGUUAUUUCACGAGUACAAUGAGUCGGUCUUGAAUUUUCACGCGCAUCCUGGUGUGAAAUUGCCGCGCGCGUACAACAGCACUGCUGCGGAAGGAAAUGUGCUGGAAGUGCUUAACAUGGGAUUGAACGUGUUCGAGAAGCACACAACCGACCGAAAUUUCGAGCGCACUGGUCAGAUGUGCGUGGUCAUUACUCCGUCCACGGGAGUGUUCGAAGUGGACCGUGAGUUGCUCACAUUAACCAAACAGAAAUCUAUCGAUUACGGUAUUGGUAACGAUUUGGUAUUCAUGGGCGAGCAGCCGCUACACGUCGUACCGCUGUUUGUUCUUCACAACAAGCAGCGCAAUGCCAACCACACCGGUGAUGAACCGGCAGUUUAUGCCAUUCCCAACUGGCUGAAUUACAGUUAUUAUACGUCCAAGGGUGCGAAUCCGCAUACAUUCGUGCCGCGCAUUCGGAUAUCGGAAAAAACUUUGCAGGCUGUUCAGAAUAAGCCAUUUUUCGAUACAUCGUCAAUUUCCGACGGGCCUGGUCGGUUGGAUGGCGACGAUGGAUGGACACCGCGGAACCGACCGAUUGCUGGUAAACGUCCACGAAGCCGGGUUAAAACGGAAAGACGGCUGUCUGAAAGCACCGCAGUUUCGGUAAUUUACGAGGAAACCGCUGCAGAUUUACAUUUGAGCGGGGAAGCGCAUGAGAAGUAUCCUAUGUUGUUGUCUGCAUCUUUGGAAACAGCAAACCCAUUACGCCCGAAUGCACUGGGCAGCGGCAGCCGGUCCAUUGAAAACUUAAACCUGGAGCGCUCGGCUGAACCGAAACGAAGAACGAACAAAUCACCAAAUCCUCGCUCGCUUAUCAAUCCUUUGGCUCCGUCGAAGAUCCCCGUGAAGCUGACAUCAAAUAGACGUCGCUGGGUGCAUAUUUUUCCGACUGAUCCAUCCGGUGCAGCCGUGCAAACUCACCAUCGCCGUGCCACAUCGCAUUCCGAAGAUGUAUCAGACCUUUCUAAAGAAGUACUAUCCAAAAGUCCUAUUAGUGAAUCACUUCGUGAUACUGAUUCCCCACAUCUAAAACCCAGGCGGCAGGAUGCUGCCGAAACUGAUCGCAUAUCAAGUUGGGUCAGUAGUGGCGAUCCUGAUGACAAUUCCAUAGCCGAUGACGAUUCCACGGCAAUAGACUCCAUCCGAUCCCCUCGCCAUAACCCAAAUGGCUGGACAAAAGAGGAUAUUGGCCGAGGCAGUCCCGCUCCCUCGGGAUCUCAGAUAUGGAGCGCUGAGCCGAAAAAGAAAGCAUCCACUAGUAAAAACUACGUCUGGGGUAUUACUGGUGAGAUGGAGUGGACACCUAAUCUGACAACCGGUGUGGACUGGAAAGCGUUGACGAUUCCAGCUUCGUUGCCCAUUACCACAGAUUAUCUGCCAGAUCGGAGAACACUACAGAACGACUACCUUAUAUCCGACUACAGCGUGAUCCCAGAAGAAGGAGCUGGCUGGAGCGAAGCAUCCAACCGUGGAAAUCGGGAUAUGUACGAUAACAGUCGGUAUUGUUCGAGACCGCUUGCCUUAAAAGAGCUGUACGAAGAACUUGUGUGUCAGCGACUGCAGCAGGGAUUCCAGCUAAUAAUUCCUCGCAAAAACAUGAAGCCUGAUGAUGUUCCCACUAUUGCCGGAAAACUGGCCGGGCAUAAAGGUCCCCAACAGAACAUGCAGCGGCCGACUAUCACAUAUCUCUCCUUGGGUCGAGUAAUCCACGAACUUACUUUGUAUCAAUCGAGUAUAACCGUCACACGUUUUACGCCACGACAUUUGUAUAGAAUUCCUUGCGUGAAAUAUCAGUACCGGUUUAUGGUACCCGAUAUGAUGAGCUACAGAGUCUCUCUGGUUGAAUUUUCGCAUGAGCGAUUGGAAAACUUCAACUGGAAUUACAUGGAUUUUUGUGUGCUUACUAAAGGGCGCGGAGAAUUUACCCUUGACUCCAUCAUGAAAUACUGGAAAGGGCAAUAUUAUUUGCUGCCGUGCAACCCAGCGGUCAAGAAGAUAGCAGAAGAUUCGGAUCCCAACUCUGAUUGUUGUAAAUUCGAAAGUAUGCCCUGUGACGAACUAUGCGAGGGGUUUGUGCGAAUCAUGGAAGUAGUUAAUCGUAUCAAGAGACCCUCUAAAAGCAACCGUCGUGCCGAAAGCACCAUUAAACGCCCUGCAAUAGCCACAAUGAAACCUCUUCAUAAAGGUGCCAAUCCUGCCGCCAUGUCCACUCCGGAUCUGCAAUCAGCCAGUGGCACACCCAAAAGUGACUCUCCUAUCAGCUAUUAUGCCUGCUUGGAGCAGCUGAAGCAGGUGUCGCAUACGCCAUCACCUGAUACAGUUUCGGCCGAAGCACAAAGUUUAGGGAGCCCGGUGAGAACAGCUCCGCCGACCGUUAAAACCUCGCUGACCAAUAUUUUGGACGCCAUGAAGCAGACUACAUUUAAUGUCAUUAUUCCCAAACAACCAGAUCUGCCUGUGAACUGCUUUCUUAGUUACGAGGCAGUCGAUUGGGCCAUAGAUAAUUUGUUAAUCCAUACCAAGGAAGCGAUCUGCUUAUUUUCCCAAAUGUUACGAGAGGGUCUGAUUGUCCAUGCUUGUGGAGAUCCGAAUUUCCCAUUUAUUUCGGGUUUUUACCUAUAUUGUGUUGUCGAUCACAAAGCCCCUAAUACAGGUUUUGAUGCGGCUAACUCUGAUGUGGAAUUCUCUCAAGUUUGGAUUGAGUGUGCCCUGCUUAACUGCGAUAAAGAACGCCCAUCAGCACAUGCAAAUUCGCCGGCUAUUCCUGAAUACUUGAAACCGGAUCCGAAAUUCAACACUCUGCAGGUAGAUUUACCUGACUACCCAUUGCAUAAAAAGAAAUCCUCGGUGAUCGACGUGGAUAUGAAUCACAAAAGCGAUCGUCUGGAAUGGGCUGUAGCCAACUACCACCAUACGUUCACACCGAAGUGUGCUUUCGAAAUCGAACUAAAAUGGAUUCAGGCAUCUGGUCCGAUGUUUGGCGAUAUGAUCCAGUUUUGGGCGCGAAAAUGUCCGGCUUCGGGUUUUCAUUUAGUUCCGGUUCCCGUUGAUCCUUUUGCGCUGCCGUAUAAAGCCAAUUCAGAUCCUCUUCGGAUGCCGAUAUUCGUGCCGUUGGAAUGGCAGGUGUUGACCUCGGAGACCGUAUUAUUCCAUGACUGUCCGGAGGAAAGUCGUUAUUUGCGCACCGUGCUUUUCCAAGAAUUGAUACUGCAGAAAUUCGGUUUUAUUCAUUUACAAGAUAAUGCCAAAAGGACAAAUGUUGCAAGCCAGUCGCGCGAAUAUGUGCACACUACUGGAGGAAUGUUUGUCAUGAUUCCCGCUCAAAACAACGUUGAACUUGGCGACACAGGAUCUACCACGGAACAAGCCGGUGCCGGUGACUGUGGACUGCCUAAUAAUCGUACGGAAAUAGGGUUUUGGUGGGCUUGGAAUAGCUGUCUUACUAAGAAGUGGCGUACAGCCAAUACUGGUGAUGAAGCCUUUCUUGAUAAAAUGCUAGCCGACUUCCGGAGUUUCUGUUCAAAUUCUGAUAGUCGUCUACGGACCUUGUGGCAAGCUGGAGUGAACGCAGCCAGUCCGAGAGAUUCGUUUAUGUUGUCGGCAGAUGAUGCACAGGAUCGUGGCCUUGCUGUUUUGUGAGCCAUUUUCCAAAAAUAGUGUUACAAAUGUUAAUUAUGUUGAUGUCAUUGAGACCUAUUUUGUAAGUGGUUUGUUUUUAUGAUGAUUUAAACCUUUAAUAAAGUCCGUAUGUUAAUACUGGAAAUGAUUU